AUUCACAUUGCUGCUUCGCCGGGCGGGAUUUCCGCAAUAAUAUCAAGUAUGGCGAAGACAUACGACUAUUUGUUUAAAUUACUGUUAAUCGGCGACUCUGGUGUCGGGAAGACCUGCGUCCUGUUCAGGUUUUCAGAGGACGCCUUCAACUCAACGUUUAUCUCAACCAUAGGCAUUGAUUUCAAGAUUAGGACAAUAGAGCUUGACGGAAAGAAGAUAAAGUUACAGAUAUGGGACACAGCUGGCCAGGAGCGCUUCCGCACAAUCACAACAGCCUACUACAGAGGAGCAAUGGGCAUCAUGCUUGUCUACGACAUCACCAACGAGAAGUCUUUUGACAAUAUCAAGAACUGGAUAAGGAACAUAGAGGAGCAUGCAUCCUCUGAUGUUGAGAAGAUGGUCCUUGGCAACAAGUGUGACAUCAAUGACAAGCGGCAGGUGUCCAAAGACAGAGGGGAGAAGCUUGCAUUAGAGUAUGGAAUCAAGUUCAUGGAAACCAGUGCAAAGGCCAACAUCAAUGUGGAAAAUGCAUUUUUGACACUUGCCAGAGACAUCAAAUCAAAAAUGGACACAAAAUUGGAGGGCAACACACCGCAGGGGAGCAGUCAUGGAGUCAAGAUCUCAGAGCCUCAGAAAAAGACCAGCUUCUUCCGCUGUAGCCUACUCUGAGGACCGAGGCCUUCGACACUGGCUGCCAGCUGGCUGGACAUAAAUGGACUGUGCUUGCUCUUAGCACUUCCUCCCUCUUCCCUCUUUCUACCCAACCAUGGCCUGUCCUCCCAGCCCACACAAACCAUAGUCCCAGUAAGUGGAGGACUUCUCCUCCUCUCUUCCUCUUCUGAAAGCUUCCAGUGGUGCAUCUCUUCCAUUUAGAAGGAGAUCUGUUGUCUUCAUGAGUCAGACCGCUUGACUGGUGGAGGACUUGAUCCGGAGCAUUGUCCAGAUGUUCCAUAUCACACAAAAGACAGGCUCUUACUUCUCAUAUUAGUCUCUGUUCUCAUAUUUCAUACAGCCGGUAGCACAACCAAGAAUGAGAAAUCAUUUAAUUAUUGUCAAGGUUUUGGGAUUAUAAAUACAAAUGUGAUAUUUAGAUCUAUUUUUAUUAGUGCUUUUUCCCUUUUUAUGUGAUAAAUCUCACCCAGAGACUGAAAGGCUUGAACUCCAGUGAAACAGAGCUGCUCACGCUUCCUUUUCAUUUCAGCAGUUAAGAACCAUUUGAAGUGUAACAUGGUUAAAGAUCAGAGAGGAAUUGGUUUGAAAGGUUUUCUGUUUGAGUUCUGCUUUUUUGUUUGCAUGCAGUUCUCGACAGUCAGUUGAUGCGACUAAAAACUGUGUUGUCAUGCUCCGAACAUUACACACUGCCUCCACUUCUUUUCAGCCUCUCUGCAAAAGGUUUCAAGUGCUGGAAAGCAGUUUGGCAACACAGAACCUAAAAAUACAGUCCAGAUAUCUGCUUCUGAAGAUUAAGUUAUGGUAUCAAGUUAUCAGCAGAACACUGUUGAGUUGACACGUUUUCUGCUUAGGCCUUCUGUGGCGACAAAGCAUGCAACGUUUUUUAGCACAAAUGUACUUACACUGCGUUGCUAUGCAUUUUGUUAAUACAUUAUUUAGGAAUAUAUCUGGACGUGCUUGCUGUAUAAUAUAACUUAUCCUCCGCAGUUAAGUGUAGUGUAAUAAGAUCAUAUUGAAAUUCAGAUUAAUCUGCCACUUGAUUAGGUUUUUUUCGGUACUAAAUAGUGCCUCCUAAAGUCCACAGUAACUUUUUCAAAUGUCAUAACCGUGAAAACAUUCAGUUUACUAUUGCACAAGACAAAGAAAAGCAGCAAAUCCUCACAUUUGAGAAGCUGGAACUAACAAAUGUUUGGCAUAUUUGCUUGAGAACCAUCAAUCAUCUGAAUAGUAUUUUUGAUUUAUUUUCUCUCAGUCGCUAAAAGUGUUGCCUUUUAAUUUGAGUUGCGUGAAGGUUUUGUAGCCACUCUUCACUCACUCUCAAGCUAAAUGACGUCUCUGGUUAUUUGAUCAGCAAUUAAAAUCACUCUUGAGGUUUCACACUGUAAGCCCCCUUCCCCUCCUCUGCUAUCCAAGCAGCUCUCCUUGCACUUUACCAGUAACUCGUGUUUUGUGUGUAGUCUGUGCCAAGUGAUAGUUUUGCAGUACAGCAAUACAGUUACUUAGUUUAAAAAAUGUUUUGAUCUAAUGAGUCUUGGUAAUAUCAUGGGCAUAAUUCCUAAAUUUUACUGCACCUACUUAUAAAUGACUUGAUCUCCUUUGCUGUUUCACUGCUAGUGAUCCACUGUCCUGGUAUUAGUUCACUGAAAAACAUUGCCCUAACCCACUUCAACAGCUAUACUAUAGAUUUAUAAAAGAAUUUGUGGGCCUUCGUUUCUAUGCUACUGCCCUGCCAAACUGGUUUAAAAGUGAUAUUUUCUUGGCUUACUCGAAAGUCGGCUUGAUGAUGGUCCCAUUAGUAUUCUUGUACAUUCUCUGGUGUGUUUGUGUUUCAUUGUGGCCCUUUAGUUUGACAGCUAGGUGGCACCAGAGGCACAGUAUGCAUGAUAAGUGACCACCCAAACUCAAAUCUGAACCAGUAUUUUUUACUAUGACCAUGAGCCACAGUGAACUAGACUUGUGUGAUGCAACCACGUACCCUUGACUCGUAUUUGAUGUUGAGUCUCAUCCUGUUUCCACCAUUUCCUCAUGUUCAAUUCCUACAUUUGUUGCUAGUCUGAAAAUCAAGCUCCUAUAUGCACAAUAUCGAGGGGGAAUCUUGUCUUUGCUUGCCUGCACCUUCUUAAUAUCAAAUAAUUUGGGACCUCAUGACUACCAUGACCAUUUGUCUUAACUGCUAAUACUCGGUUCUGUCAUAGGUGAGCUAUGCAUUGUGAAUCUUGGACCUGUGCAUAUGUGUGUAAUGUAAUUUUCAGACGUUACUUGUAGACCUGUACAGUUGAAUGUAUGGACUUUUUUGUUAUCUUUUGUUUCAUUCACUGAGCCAAAAACAGGACACGCUCUGUUUGUAGGAAACUGCAUUGCUACAUCAAUGCAAGUGAAAUUUACCACGAUUAAGUAGGAAGAGGUUAAGGUUAAGUAGGAAGAGUGUGGACGUUGAGAUGUGGAGAUAGUGCUGUCGUCUCAUUCGAGUGAUAACUGUAGCUUUAAAUCAUGAACAGAAAUGUAGGGAGCAGAUGUUUGUGGGACCCAAGCUGUAUCAUUUUCAGCUGAAAUGAUACUCCCUCUCUGAUUUUGUUUUUAAAUCAUAUCCUUUUCUUAUUAAGACUCCUAUCACAUGUCAUAAUAUACUAUACAUCCCUUUUUACAGCCAUAUUUUCAUUCCAUUCAUUGUGAAGUACACAGGGAGAAUAUUACAAUACAUUUUGGAGAAAAAAAGAAAAAAACAUUGUAAAUAUCACAUUGAAAAAGAGAUCUACUUAAAUUGUACUGUACUUUCUAAACCCAUAUGAAAAUGUAUCUACAGUUUGUAGAUAUGUGUACUUUUGAUUUAAUAAAACAAGAUUAUAAAACUCA